CCUUUGGACGAAGUUUGAAAGAAGCGCGCAUUGACAAUCUCUCGUGAAAAUAUAUUGUGAUUUUAUAAAGACACAUUUGUGCAAUUUUCCAUUAUAAUAAUUGAUAACUGUUUAUAAUAUCAUUAUAUUUUGUAUUUAUCAAAACAUUACGACGACUACGAAACUUUUAAAAUAUAAGUGAAAUCUUGAAUAUCAUUGUCAAUGUAAUUUCAAGAUGGCGACACCGAACUGCAUUUUGCGCGGUAAAACGAAAUCAAUGGAUAUAUACUGAAUCGGAAUUCUUAUUUCGAAAAUAAUAUAAAUAUUGUACAUGAAAUGGAAGUGUUUUUCGUCUUCAGUUGUACGAAUUUCGAGAAAUUGCGUCUCCCACGCGACCGAAGCCAUUGCGCGCCACAGCGUAUUUGGCGAUUAAGCAUCGGCACACGGCACCAAUAUAUAAACAUAAACACGUGGCAAAACAGAUAUAUAAAUGUUGGACAGAGAUGCUGAGUUAGUUGUCAUCCGUGCAUAACUAGAAGAUGGAAUUCCUCAGCUUCGACGUGAAGAAUCACACUCUUGCAUUGCGGAAAGCGGAUGUGCCGAAUCCGGGACCGAACGAUGUUCGAAUCAGAGUUGCUUACUCGGGCAUUUGCGGGACCGAUCUUCAUAUAUUGGAAGGAUCGUUUCCAUGUAAAAAGGAUGGCUUUCUCACUCUUGGUCACGAAUUCGCAGGCACGGUAGACGCGGUUGGCUCCUCGGUAAAGAACUUCAAAGUAGGGCAAAGAGUGGCUGUUGAUCCUAACAGUGGAUGUAAUACAUGCAACUACUGUCACGAUGGUUCUUAUCAGCACUGUAGCGCCGGUGGCAUAAACAGCACGAUAGGAAUUUAUAAAGAUGGUGGAUUUUCCACUCACGCUAUCGUACCUGAAAGUCAGGUGUAUUUAAUACCAGAUGAUGUCGAAUUGCAUCAAGCCGUCCUCGUCGAGCCUCUGUCGUGUUUGGCUCAUGGAUGGAAGAAACUUAAUAGCGUCAACGUUGGUAGCAACGUACUCGUAAUUGGCGCCGGAAUCAUUGGUCUUUUGUGGGCUUGUAUGUUACAUUUGCACGGGCUUAGGAAAUCUGUGACGAUCAGCGAACCUCAGGAAAAACGGCGGAAACUGGUGACAAAACUUGAUCUGGAUUUCGAGGCAAAGAGUCCAGAACAAUUAAAGAAUUCGUAUGACGUGGUCGUGGAUUGUAGUGGUUCCGCACCCGCUAUAGAAGCAAGCAUUCCUUUAUUAGCACCAGGUGGUCGUUUAUGUAUAUUCGGAGUCGCCAAUCCUAAAGCUAAAUUCAGCGUCGAACCAUUCCAGGUAUAUUUAAAGGAAUUGACGAUAUUAGGUGUAAACAUAAAUCCUUUCUCAUUUCCCAGAGGAUUGGGUUUAUUACGUGCAAUGGCUGAUAGAUAUCUGAAUUAUGAUAAGUUAGGUAUUAAAGUAUUCUCGUUGUCGCAAUAUCGUGAAGCUUUGGAAGCUCUGAAACGAGGUGAAAUCAGUAAAGCAGUCUUCAAAUUGUAAAAAGGAAAAUUAAAUAUGAAAUUAAAUAAUAAAAUAAACAUUUUUUAACAAUAA